AUGUUGUCCAGGUCGCCGGCGCUGCCCCUCCUGACGGCCACUGAGGAUUCUGAUCCGCCGGCCUUCUACUUUCAACCCAAUUGUGAUCUCUCGACUUCUUCAAGUGGGAUUCUUUCUAACAAGAAACUUGGAACAAGAUUAAGUGUCCAGCCAAACAUUCAGGACGGUAAAAUGCAGAACGCAAAUAGGAUUCACAGAAAAUGAUGGGCCCUGCUGUCAUCUGACCCAGCUCAGGCCGCCACUGUUGUGGAUGCCGGUGACCGCAAAACAUGGGAAGAGUGCAAGAAGAUACUCACUUCACUGAAAUUAUCCAGUGAAGACGCCAAGAAGAUGCUGAAGAAGGCGUUGGGAUGGAUCCAUUGGCCGUACUGGACCGAGGAGAGAAAGAAGGAGGUUCCGAGUACCGAGGUGGUAAAUGGAGUGCUGGACUACAUCAGGGCCCUCGGACUAUCUGACGACGAUCUUUACAAGCUGUUCAAGAAAUUCCCAGAGGCUCUUCGAUGCGAUCUUGAGAGCAAGGUGAAGCUGAAUGUCGGCAAGCUGGACAGCGACGGGGGGAUAAACGGGAAGACUCUCCAGAGUGUUCUUUUACGGAAUCCAAAGGUUUUGGGAUACAAUGUGGAUUGUAGAGGGGAUUGUGCGGCGCAGUGCACCGGCUUCUUGGUUAGGUUUUAG